AUGCGGGCGCGCGAAGUGCCAAAGAAGAGCGCUACGCUGGAAAAUAUCGUGAAUAAGUUGAAUUGCAAGAAUUUCGGGCAGUGCUACGGCGUGAUACCCGAAUCAUUUGCUGGCAACAAAUGGAUUACAAUGGGGAAGACGCUGAUCAUUGGCUAUGAUGUAAUGGAAGGUGAAAUUGAGGCAUUCCGUGUCGGCAUGCGUCGCUACGCUAAAACAACUAAAGGGAUUGAGAACUAUUCGCCUCGUAUCGUCUGCAUUAUUGCGUGCAAAAGACAUAACAAGCGUUUUGCACUUGACAAUGGUCGUAUGCUCGAAAACUGCUUGCCGCUGACAGUAAUAGAUAAGGAUAUAACGCGUCCGGACACCACCGAAUUUUUCAUGCAAUCGCACAAAAUCAUAAAGGGGACGGGAAAGCUGCCGGCUUAUUCGAUGCCGUUGAAUGAAGCAAAUCUGACGAUGGAUGAAGCGCAGUCGUUAAUGAUGGCCCUCUGCGUAGAAUUGGUGGCGUGGAUCAGCUACCGAAAAACAGUAAUGGAAGUAUUGAUUGGCAUCGUGUAA